AUGCCAAUCAAAGCCGGCGUCUGGGAGAAUGCAGACUUCCUCAGGGAGCUGUGCCUGGCGCUCUUCCAAGUCGCCAGCAACGGCGGCGCGCUGAGCACCCAGGCCAGGAGCGCCGUCGAGGUCUAUCUCAAGGCCCAGGGUCACGAUCAGUCCUGGGAGUCUGUUCGGCACUGCGAGCUGAACUCUGCCAACAUGGGCAAGGUUCUGGCUGACAUGCAAAAGAAAGGCUAUGAGUUUACUGAAAAUGCCUUCCGAAAUCUCGGUACGGGUAUCUGA